CGCCGCCGCGCGGUCCGCAGCCGGGGCCCGGAGCGCCGAGCGCAGCGCGGAGCUGCAGCACUGUCAGAUUUCGAUCCUGUUCCUAGGUCCCCAAGGAGGGCUCUGGGAGCAAAAUCGAUGGGAACCAUGCAGGUGGGGCGUAGACGAGACCUCGCCCACUAGGAGGAAGCUGCGGUCAAAAGCUUUUCAUCCCGGAACCCCGCAGUCCUCCCCAGACGCGGGCGCAGAGCCCAGCGAUUGGUCUCUUCUCCAGGCUCUUGUUGCCCUUGCCUUCCUUCGCGAUCACACCUGCUUUCAGACGUGCUGGGGGAGGAUGGGGCCCUCUUCUCCCAGGGGCUCCGAGCCUGGCCGGCCGGCGGCGCCCCCUCUCCCCUUCGGCUGCGGAGGAGCCCUCGCGGUGGUUCUGGUGCUGCUCGCGCUGCCGGCACUCUGGGGUCAAUGCCAGGCCCCAGCACAGUUUUCAUUCGCCAAGCCUACCACCCUAACUGAUGAGUCUGAGUUUCCCAUUGGGAAGUCUUUGAAGUAUGAAUGCCGUCCUGGUUUCUACAGGAGAUCAUUUUAUAUCACCUGCCAAAAAAACUCAGUCUGGACAAGUCCUGACUACAUGUGUAAACGUAGAUCAUGUAAUAACCCUCCAGAACCUCUGAAUGGCAUGGUGCAUGUCGACAAAGACAUCCUUUUUGGAUCAACAAUUAAUUAUUCUUGUAAUAAUGGCUACCGACUCGUUGGUCACGCCUCUGCUCAAUGCAUCAUCUCAGACAACUCUGUCUCUUGGGAUAAUGAAGCACCCAUCUGUGAGACUAUUCAUUGUGGGCCACCCCCAACCAUCCCCAAUGGAGAUUUCCUUAGCACCAACAGAGAAUAUUUCCAGUACGGAACUGUGGUGACCUACCGCUGCAAUCUUGGAAACAGAAGAAAAAAGAUGUUUGACCUCGUGGGUGAGGCAUCGAUCUACUGCACCAGCAAUGAUAAUGAUGUUGGCACCUGGAGUGGCCCUGCCCCUCAGUGCAUCAUCCCUAAUAAAUGCACGCCUCCAGAUGUUGCAAAUGGAAUAAUGGUGUCUGAGAACAGAAGCUUGUUUUCUUUAGAUGAGACUGUGGAGUUUAGGUGUCAGCCUGGCUUCGUCAUGAAAGGACCGACCAGGGUGCAAUGCCAGGCCCUUAAUAGAUGGCAGCCAGAAUUGCCAACCUGCUCCAGGGUGUGCCAGAUGCCUCCAGAAAUCCUGCAUGGCAAGCAUACUCUAAGCAACAAGGCUGAGUUUUCCCCCGGGGAGGAAGUGUCCUACAGCUGUGAGCCUGGCUAUGACCUCAGAGGGGCUGCCUCUCUGCGCUGUACGACCCAGGGUACCUGGAGCCCCACAGCCCCCAGAUGUGCAGUGAAAUCCUGUGACAAUUUUCUGGACCAACUCCCUAAUGGCCAUGUGUUAUUGCCACUUAAUUUCCAGCUUGGAGCAAAAGUGUCUUUUGUGUGUAAGGAAGGGUUUCAACUAAAGGGCAGCUCAGCUAGUCAUUGUGUUUUGGAUGGAGCGAAAAGCCUUUGGAAUAGCAGUGUUCCUGUGUGUGAGCAAAUCUUUUGUCCAAGUCCUCCAACCAUCCUUAAUGGGAGACACACAGGAAACCCUCUGGAUGUGUUUCCCUAUCCAGGAAACCCUUUGGAUGGCUUUCCCUAUGGAAAAGCAGUAACUUACACAUGUGACCCCCACCCGGACACGGGGAUGACCUUAGAUCUCAUUGGGGAGAGCACCAUCCACUGCACAAGUGACCAGCAGAGGAACGGGAUCUGGAGUGGCCCUGCCCCUCACUGUGGACGUGCAGGUCACUGUAAAGUCCCAGAUCCUUUUCAAUUUGCUAAGCUGAAGACUCCAAUCAAUGAAUCUGACUUUCCCAUUGGGACAUCUUUAAAGUAUGAAUGCGGCUCUGAAUACUAUGGGAAGUCGUUUUCUAUCAUGUGUCUAAAAACCCUGUCCUGGUCAAGUCCUACAAAUGUCUGCAAACGUAGAUCAUGUAAAACUCCUCCAGAUCCUGUGAAUGGCAUGGUGCAUAUAGACACAGAUGUCCAGCUUGGAUCCAGAAUUAAGUAUUCUUGUAAUAUAGGACACCGACUGAUCGGUCACUCGUCUACUGAAUGUAUCCUCUUGGGCAACACCGUCGUUUGGGAAACAGAGCCACCGAUUUGUGAACGUAUCCAUUGUGGGCCACCCCCAACCAUCCCCAAUGGAAAUUUCUUUAGCACCAACAGAGAAUAUUUCCAGUACGGAACUGUGGUGACCUAUCGCUGCAAUCUUGGAGACAGAGGAAAAAAGAUGUUUGACCUCGUGGGUGGGGCAUCGAUCUACUGCACCAGCAAUGAUAAUGAUGUUGGCACCUGGAGUGGCCCUGCCCCUCAGUGCAUCAUCCCUAAUAAAUGCACGCCUCCAGAUGUUGCAAAUGGAAUAAUGGUGUCUGAGAACAGAAGCUUGUUUUCUUUAGAUGAGACUGUGGAGUUUAGGUGUCAGCCUGGCUUCGUCAUGAAAGGACCGACCAGGGUGCAAUGCCAGGCCCUUAAUAGAUGGCAGCCAGAAUUGCCAACCUGCUCCAGGGUGUGUCGACGACCUCCAGAAAUCCCACAUGGCACAUAUACCCCAAGUGACAAGGAUGACUUUUCCUCAGGACAGGAAGUGUUCUACAACUGUGAGCCUGGCUAUGACCUCAGAGGGGCUGCCUCUCUGCACUGUACCACCCAGGGAGACUGGAGCCCGGCAGCCCCCAGAUGUGCAGUGAAAGCAUGUGAUAAUUUCCUGGACCAACUCCCUAACGGCCGUGUGGUACUUCCACUUAAUUUCCAGCUUGGGGCAGAAGUGUUCUUCAUUUGUAAUGAAGGGUUCCAUUUAAGGGGCAGUUCUAUGAGUAAAUGUAUCUCAGUGGGAAUGAGGAGCCUUUGGAACAGCAGCGUUCCUGUGUGUGAACAAAUCUUUUGUCCAGAUCCUCCAGCCAUCCUUAAUGGGAGACACACAGGAGCUCCUCUGGGAGAUUUUCCCUAUGGAAAAGAAGUAUCUUACACAUGUGACCACGACCCGCACACAGGGAUAACCUUCAGCCUCUUUGGGGAGAGCACCAUCCGCUGCACACGUGACCUUCAAGGGAACGGGAUGUGGAGCGGCCCUGCCCCUCGCUGUGAACUCUCUGCUCCUGCUGGAAAAUCAUGUGGAUCUCCUCCAGAACUCUUCAACGGAGUGGUGCACAUAAAUACAGAUACUCAGUUUGGAUCAACAGUUAAUUAUUCUUGUAAUGAAGGGUAUCGACUCAUUGGUUCCCCAUCUGCAGCUUGUCUCCUCUCUGGUGAUAAACUCACAUGGGACAAGGAAGCACCUGUCUGUGAGAUUAUAUCCUGUGAACCACCUUCAACCAUCCUCAAUGGAGACUUCUACAGCAACAAUGGAACAUUUUUUCCCUAUGGAACGUUGGUAACUUAUCAGUGUCACACCAGCCCAGAUGGAGAAAAUCUGUUAAAGCUUGUGGGAGAACAGUCCAUGUACUGCACCAGCAAAGACAACCAACAUGGUAUCUGGAGCAGCCCUGCUCCUCAGUGUAUCUCAGCUGAUACAUGCACAGCUCCAGAAAUAAAAAAUGGAAUUAUAGCAUCAGGAAAUAAGAGUGUAUUUUCCCUUGAUGAGAUCGUGAGAUUCAGUUGUCAGCCCGGUUUUGUCAUGAAAGGGUUCGACACCAUAAAGUGUCAGUCCAACAACAGAUGGGGACCUGAGCUGCCAACAUGCUCCAGAAUGUGUCAGUCACCUCCAGAAAUCCUGCAUGGCAAGCAUACCCCAAGUAGCACGGAUGACUUUUCCCCGGGGCAAGAAGUGUUCUAUAGCUGUGAACCCAGUUACGACCUCAGAGGGGCUGCCUCUCUGCACUGUACCGCCCAGGGAGACUGGAGCCCGGCAGCCCCCACAUGUGCAGUGAAAUCAUGUGAUAAUUUCCUGGGCCAACUCCCUAAUGGCCAUGUGCUGCUUCCACUUAAUCUUCAGCUUGGAGCAAAGGUGUCUUUUGUCUGUAAUGAAGGGUUUCGAUUAAAAGGCAACUCUGCUAGUCAUUGUGUCUUGGCUGGUAUGAAAAGUCUUUGGAAUGGCAGUGUUCCUGCGUGUGAACGAAUCUUUUGUCCAAAUCCUCCAGCUAUUUUUAAUGGGAGACAUACAGGACCUCCUCUGGGAGAUAUUCCCUAUGGAAAAGAAGUGUCUUACACAUGUGACCAUGACCCGCACACAGGGAGGACCUUCAAUCUUAUUGGGGAGAGCAUCAUCCGCUGUACACGUGACCAUCAAGGGAAUGGGAUGUGGAGCGGCCCUGCCCCUCGCUGUGAACUCUCUGCUCCUGCUGCAUGCCCACUUCCACCCAAGAUCCGAAACGGGUAUACCACUGGAGGGCAUGUGUCUCUGUAUCUUCCUGGGAUGAAGGUCAACUACACUUGUGACCCUGGUUACCUGCUGGUGGGAAAGGCCUUCAUUUUCUGUACCGACCAGGGAACCUGGAGCCCACUUGAUCAUUAUUGCAAAGAGGUAAAAUGCUACCUCCCACCAUUUAUGAAUGGAAUUUGGAGAGAUUUGAAAAUGAGAAAAGUGUAUCACUAUGGAGAUAAUGUUACUUUGGAGUGUGAGGACGGGUAUACUCUGGAAGGCAGUCCCCAAAGCCAGUGCCAGGAGGGUGACAGAUGGGAGCCCCCUCUGGCCACGUGUGCAUCUCGUUCACGUAACACUCUCAUAGUUGGCAUUUUGUUUGGGAUAAGCUUCUUUAUCUUAUUCAUCAUCACUCUCUGUUGGAUAAUUCAAAAGCAUAAAAAGGACAAUAAUACCAAGGGAAAAUAUAAAGAAGUGAUGAUCCAUUUACAUCCUCAAGAAGGCAGUUGUGUUCAUCCUCAAACUCUACCAACAAAUCAGGAAAAUAGCAGGCCAGAGAUCCCAAAUUCAACGGAGGACAGCGGGGGGGACUCCAGGAAAAGGAUAUUUUAUAGUACUCAACAAAGUACUAUACAACUGGAGAACUCUUCGAAUUAAGUGUUGUUUGGAAAGGAGCCGAUUCAUUUCAACAGAGUAAGAUCUGCAGCUCCAAGUCUUUGAAGUGACCUCGCAGAGAUGCAAACAUGCACACUUGAAGAUGCUGAAGCUUUUCGAAGUAUCUGGCAAAGCUCUCUGCUCUGAUUUCACAUUACUAUCAUCCCUUUACCCUCUUUCCUGUGCUGAAAGCAACAUUAUCUAGUCGGAGGAAAGACUGCACUUAGGAUAUAAGAAAUAGUUACUUAAGAAAGGAAGAGUUGCCUAGGGUUGCUGAUUUACAAGUAUGCCAUUUUUCUUUCUUCUUUUAAAAUGUGUAUAACAUGGAACGGGCUCAUUAAGGAAGUUAUGAAAAAUAAAUGAGUCAUAAAUAAUUAUA